GACAGGAAGCGGUCGUCAUUCUACAGCAGGCUGUGAGUUGGAGCUCUGUGAGUGUCUUAUAACCGGAAUAUAAUCUGUGACUUGAGCCUACUGAGACUAUACACUCAGAUGUCGUGGAUCCGGGAAGGAGAACUAAGCCUUCUGGAAAGGCUCUCUGCCAACAUCCUGAAGGCAGGGCCCAUGCCCAAGCAUGUGGCCUUUAUUAUGGAUGGCAAUAGACGUUAUGCGCGGAAGACACAUGUGGAAAGACAGAAGGGCCACAUGCAGGGUUUUGACAAACUGGCGGAAACGCUACGUUGGUGUCUGAAUUUGGACAUCCGUGAGGUGACAGUGUACGCCUUCAGCAUAGAAAACUUCAAGCGCUCUAAAGAAGAAGUGGAUGGCCUGAUGGAGCUGGCUAAAGAGAAGUUCCUCCGUCUGCUGGACGAACAAGAGAAUCUUGAGAAGCAUGGCGUCUGUAUCCGGGUGCUGGGAGACCUCACACUACUGCCGGAAGAUCUCCAGCGGCUCAUCGCUAAAGCUGUGGUGGCAACAAGAGCACAUAACAGAUGUUUUCUGAACGUGUGCUUUGCAUAUACAUCAAGACAUGAAAUCGCCAACGCUGUCAAAGAGAUGGCCUGGGGAGUCGAGCAAGGCCUGAUAAAGUCUAGUGAUGUGUCAGAAGCGCUGUUGAAUGAGUGCUUGUACACCAGCAACUCUCCAAACCCCGACCUGCUCAUCCGCACGUCCGGCGAGGUGCGACUCAGUGACUUUCUGCUGUGGCAGACCUCUCACUCUUGCCUAGUGUUCCAGUCCAUCCUGUGGCCGGAAUACUCUUUCUGGAACCUCUGUGAGGCUAUUUUACAGUACCAGCAGAAUUAUCGCUCUCUUCAGAAAGCUCAGGAGGUGCACAAAGAGGGCCAGGCCAUACACCAGCUGGAGGCGGACCGCUUGUGUGUGGCUGAACAGCUCCAGCAUCGAGGCAACGGAAAGCCCAUGGACGUUCGUGCCCGACAGACCGAGCUGCUGAGCUAUGCCAAAAGCCGGGAGGAGAGAGUGCAACGCUUCCUCUGCGCUCUGCAGCAGAAAAGAGACACUUUCUUCGAACAUUUGAGCAGUCCAACAGUUGUGGCUUAGGCCUCUGUUCUCCUAAGGCAGCGGUUCUGGUCCUAGGGUUCCUCUGCUGUGCUCAUUUUAGCAUCUUUCCUGCUCUAACACACCCACUCAUGAAAGGCUUGAUUAUUAGACUCUUAAAAAUAAAGAUGCCUUGGACAUGCAGCUCUAGGAUAAACCUUUAAAUGUAGUCCAUAGAAGAACCAAUUUUGGUUCACUAAAGGACCUUUCAUUGGAUGGUUUUUAAAGAACCAUUUAUGAAGUGUGAACAAUCUUUCACGUAUAAGGAGUCUCCACAAAACAUAAGUUCUAUGAAGAGUUCUUAAAUUGGUAUAGAACUUUUAGGUUAAGAUUCAUCACACUCACUCUUAUUCCAACAUUUCUCUAGGUAGAACCAAAAGUGGUUGUUUUUUGGCAUUGCUCAAAGAACACUUUGUGGCACCUUUUUUAAGAGUGUAGUCCAGAACGUUUACAGUUCAAGAGGUUCAAGGAACUUCAUUCACACCAACAUAUUUAAAACAAUGGUUUACCCAUCGCAAGGUUCUUUUGGGGAACCAAAAGCGGUUCUUGUGAGACGUUCCGUAAGAACCCCUUGGGCAACUUCAUUUUUAGAAUUGUAGCUGGUUAGUUGGUUCAUGAAGAUUCAUGAAACUGUCUUAAGAAAUUUAACUUAGGAAUUUUAACUUAUAUAUGUUCUUAAUCUCAUAAUACAUGACUUACCAUCAUUUUCAGGUUUUGUUGACAAAAGAUUUUUGAACAUCUGGUUGUUUUUUAUCCUUCCAAAAUGUCUCACAUCAUCUAAGAUCGACUAUAAUCAGUAGGCUAUAUAAGAAGUACCAAAUAAAUAAUUUGAACGCAACAGUGUAAACCUACGUAGACGUUUAUUAGGCUUAUUCCAUCAAGUGGCACUUGUUAUAACACUGGCUGAGGUGAAACAACACUAAAAUGGACAAAAGCAGCCUUUUAAAGUUAGUUGGAAUAAGCCUUCAUAAAAGUUUAUGUAGGUUUGUCAGUCUUGAAAGGCUUAUGUAGGUGUCAUAGCAAUUCAAAUGGUGCUCUUUAGUCAUAUUUAGGCAUAUUUACAUUGAGGAGCAUAGUUAUGACUAAAUUAGAGUAUUUAGUAUUGAUCUUAAUUUAAUUUUGUAGUUAACUUUGGCAAACAUUUACAAAUCUGGCCAAAUCCGGUGUUUGAGAGCAGGGAAAAGGCACCAUAAUGUGCAGGUCAGGGGCAUUCCAGGACCAGAAUUUGGAACCACUGUUCAGUCCUGGAGUUCCACUAUUACUGUCCAGGGCGGCUUCUCGAUCAAGCCAGGACUGCCGUAAACAGAUAAGGCUCUGAAACCGUGAACGUUAAAAGGUUUUUAUAUCUAAUAAUUUGUAUAUAGUUCAGAUGAGAAGGACGUGCCCCCGUUUUAUGGGGCAGUGGACUAUUUAUACUUGUUGUCUUAAUGACUGUUCUGGACUGAAAGCAUUUCACAGUACACUGCUCAACAUGUGAAAUGAUCUCUGCCAAUUAAAAAUGUUGAUUUUUAACCCUUUGAGGUGUGGAGAUUUUGGAAUGUGUGGCUCUAGAGUGUAGCAGAUGACUAUAUGUGGUUGACGAGACAUUCAGAAUAUGAUUGAAUGCCAUAAUCCUCAAAGGGCUAAAGAGUGGACACUGAUCACUUAAUGUUACUGUGACAAUAUGUAUACAUAAAGACAGAUGAUUUAGAAAAUAAAGUGAUCAAUAUCAA